GGAAAGACUAGUAUUAACAAAGUAAUUGUAUCGGAAAUCAUGCUAUCUUCGGGACGAGUUCUAGUCAAAGGAAUCGACGUUCACAAUAGAAAAAUAAACCGAUACAAGGCCUACAAAUAUAUGGGCUACUGUCCCCAAAAGGAUUAUUUUGAGCCCAAAUUUACGGGUCGAGAAAAUUUAAAAAUUUUCUGUCUUAUACGUGGCAUAAGAUCGGAUAAAGUGCGAGAAGUAUCCGAAGAACUGGCCGAAAACCUUAACUUUCGGGAGCACUUACAAAAAUCAUCCAAGAAGUAUACGGUCAGUGAUAAGCGGAAGCUUAGCACAGCAAUAGCAGUGAUAGGAACACCGCCACUUAUCAUUUUGGAUGAGCCAACCGCUGGAGUGGAGAAGGCCCAUCGAUCGGAUGUUUUGGAUGUGCUGAAGAGUGUCAACGAAUGUGGCAGCACAAUAUUGUUAUCUUCAAACAACAUAGAAGAUUUUCAAUCUCUAUGCAAUCGAAUGGCAUUGCUGAAACGGGGAAAGGUGGUUGGAAUCGGGUCUGUUGAAAGUUUUCGAAAUAGUUUAACGCCGGGACUGAUUCUAAUGGUAAAAAUCAGACCUCAUGCGAUAAUUCAAAGUGUAAGAAAUGUACGAUUGCAACCAAGCGAGCAAGAAAUAGUUAGUAACAUAACAACAUUCCUGUUGCACACUUUUAAAAGCGUUUAUUUGCUAGAGGAAUUGCAAGGAGAUCUUUUGUAUUACAUACACAACACUACGAUUCCACUCGCCGAUGCCUUCAAAAUAAUAGAGCAAAACCGACACGGGCUUUUUAUUUCGGACUUCCUUUUAAAACACGAAAACAUGGAACUGACCUUUGUUGCUCAAAAUUUUCGAAUUCUUAAAUAA